AUGACCACAAGACACGAAAAGCCCGAGUCAGUCGACCUUGAGAACAGGCUCGGCGACGACGUCGAAAAUGCCGCUCUCGAAGCAGGCUCUCAAAACCCCCCAUCAAGGGACUGGCUUGCCAAGUUGCGGAAAGCCUCGUUGAGCUCUGCCGAAACUCGAGGCGUGGCACCGGUUCCGAUUGAAGAGAGAACCGACAAGAAUACUUUACAGCUAUUCACGUUGUGGCUCACCGCAAACUGCACUACUCUUCCCAUGACCACUGGCAUAUCCGGAACCCUGGUCUUUGGGCUAGAUCUUGCUGUUGCUUCAUUAGUCAUUGUGCUAAGCACCCUCCUAUUCAUGCUUCCCGUUGCCUGGAUGGGCACAAUGGGGCCAAAGACCGGCAUGCGUCAAAUGGUUCAGACAAGAUACUACUUCGGCUACUACUCUUCUGUCGGCACUGCGCUGCUGCAAAUCGUUACCUUGAUAGGUUACACCAUCAUGACAUCUAUUGUCAGUGGGCAGACUCUCACGGCUGUUUCUGAAGGCGACCUCAGCUUGGCUGUGGGUAUCACAAUCAGUGUCGUCGGCGCACUGCCCAUAUCCUUCCUGGGCUACAAAUAUCUGCAUUACAUUGAUCAAUACUUGUGGGCUCCAUCUUCUGUUGCUCUCGUCAUUGUUGCCGGCGUCAGUGCAAAGUCGUUUGCUGGUACUAGUGCCGAGACUGUUGCAUUAUCACCAAGGAGUGUCUUGACCUUUGCCGCUGCAUGUGCAAGUCUGUGUACUAGUUGGGCUCCAUUGGUAUCGGACUUCGCCGUCUAUAUCGACCCAUCCACGCCAAGGUAG